AUGCCGGUCGGCGGGAGGGUAGCGGGAAAAGUCAGCGGGAUUAUCUCCAACAACUACAACGGCCGAUCCUACCAGGGGAUCAACGAGGAGAUAAUAUGGGUCAGCAUCGGGAUGGGCAUAGCCAUCGCCGUUCUGAUCACGAUAGCGCUGUGCUACAUCAUGAGGGAGAAGUGCAUCGAGAGGCGGGAGUACUACAUUACGGCAUGA